UCACUGAGUGCGCACGGCGCCCUGCCUGUUGCUGCUGCUGCUGGAGGGGAGGCUUUGAGCUCACACCUACAUUCAACAGGCACUGGAGGAUACUUCUUAUAUGUACAGUUUCACUGCGUUGUUAUUCUCCGCUGAAAAGUGCGGAGUGGUUGGAGACAACACUCUACGGAUCUGGGAAGGAGUUUUUUUUAGGCAUGGUGAUGUGAUUAAGUUGCGCGCUAUGGUGCACAUAUGCAAAUCCUAUCCCACCAUUCUAGCUUUGAACCUCAGUAGGUAGAUAGGACUCGUGAAACCACCAAAGCAGUGACUAUAUUCGGGGAAAAAAGAAGAGGAUGGCGGCUCCACAUAACGGAUCCAACAUAACGGCAAACUACACCAACCAGUUUGUGCAGCCGCCGUGGCGCGUCGCUCUCUGGUCCGUAGCCUACAGCUUCGUGCUGGCGGUGGCGGUCUUUGGAAACCUCAUUGUGAUAUGGAUCAUUCUUGCUCACAAGCGUAUGAGGACGGUGACGAACUACUUUCUAUUAAACUUGGCAUUUUCGGACGCUUCAAUGGCCGCGUUUAAUACUUUGAUAAACUUUAUCUACGCUGCUCACGGGGAGUGGUACUUCGGGGAAGCGUAUUGCAAAUUCCACAACUUCUUUCCGGUCACAUCUGUGUUUGCAAGCAUCUACUCCAUGACUGCGAUAGCUGUGGACAGGUACAUGGCCAUCAUCCAUCCCCUGAAGCCUCGUCUGUCUGCGAAAGCCACCACAGGGAUCAUCGUCUGUAUCUGGAGUCUGGCCGUGAUUCUGGCCUUCCCUCUCUGCUACUUCUCCACCAUCCGAACACUACCCCGCAGGACCCUCUGCUACGUGGCCUGGCCCCGCAUGGCUGAUGACCCCUUCAUGUAUCAUAUCAUAGUCACACUUCUGGUGUACGUGCUACCUUUAGUGGUCAUGGGCAUCACUUACACCAUUGUGGGCGUGACUCUGUGGGGAGGGGAGAUCCCAGGAGACUCAUCUGAUAACUAUCAUGGACAGCUAAGGGCUAAAAGGAAGGUGGUGAAGAUGAUGAUCAUCGUAGUGGUGACCUUUGCCCUCUGCUGGCUGCCCUAUCAUGUCUACUUCAUUGUGACGUUUCGAGCUGGCUUCAAGCGAGCUUUUCGUUGGUGCCCAUUCAUCAAGGUUUCCAGCUACGACGAAUUGGAACUCCGGUCUACACGGCUGCACCCAACACGCCAGAGCAGCAUGUACACACUGUCACGAAUGGAUACCACCAUGGUGGUGGUUUACGACCCUGCCGAAGGCGAUGGUGGUGCUGGUGGUGGCUCUGGAAGAAAGCACUCUCUGUCCGCUAGGAAGAAAAGCUACGUCACGUCUCGUCACACGGAGAUCACUGGGUGCAACGGUAGCAGCACGAAAACACAAAAUGGAGGGGCUCCAAACGCUGAACCUGAAGAGUUCUCUUGAAGGGUGUUCUCAUAGACUUACACACAGACAUAUGCGUGUAAGAAAUGUAUUCACAUGCAUAAUACACUGUAUGUACAAAUGGUGCACAGAUGUUUGCUUAAUUUUAGACGUAGAAGCAUUGUAUCAAGGCGGAAGUGGUUACUUUAACUUGCAGAGAAUGACCAAAUUGAUAUAGAGAUUAUUUUGUAUUUUACAUUGAUGGAUAAUAUUAUUUUUUUUAUAUACUCUGGAGCAUGGAUGGAUUACUGAGCUGGCUUACCAGGCAAGUGAAUGUUACAAGCAGUUCUCAUUAAAAAGUCACACAGCUCAGUAGGGAUUACUUUUUUUUUGGCUCCUGAAUCUUAUAUAUAGUGAACAGAGAUUAAGUGAAGCAAUUCAAAUAUGUUUGACAGCUUUAAGAAAACACAGCAUGGUGUUUCUAGUGGUUUCCAAUAAGAUUUGUGUAUUAUCCUAAAGUAUCAGCAGUGUCAGUGUGUCUGAAACCGAGGUAUGACUCGCCUUACUCUGCCUCUGAUUGGCUUGUACUUGUUGUCUUUGUUGGUUAGGUUGGAUAUGUUUAGGCACUAGGAGGGAGAUAAAGGUUAGAGUAAGAAUGUUAGGGCAAGCCAAUCAGAGGCAGAGUAGGACAGCUCAUGCGUGCACCAUCCUUGGAAAAGAAAAACAUAUCGUUUAAUGUCCGGGCCUCACUUUAUAACGUUAUUCACUGAUAUGGAUGAAACUGGAUUACAUUUUAUUGAGAAAAUAUUUUCUGGUUUUAGUCCUCUGGUUGCUCAGCUACAACUCUUGGUGAUUUUGCUUUCUUGAUAGACAGAUAGCUUUAACUUACUUGUUGCUAUUUGCUUCAUUAACUGUUGCUAACUGUAGCUGUCGUUGGUUUGCACUGGAACCAGGCUCAGCAGCCUCCCAGUGAAGACCAGGAGAUUUACGGAGUUUAAAGGGUAACUUCGGCAGAUUUUUACCCUAGUCUUGAUCACUAGAGGUCACCGAGUACUGUCGAUAGGAAAAAGAACGACCAGAAUUGGUUCUAGCAAACUGGAACUGCCUGC